CUCGUUGUAAUCUUGUCGAUGAACCCCACUUUCCCUCUUCACCCAUUUCUUAUCUCCCAAACAACCCCCAUCUCCCUUUGCACUCAAAUAAUGCCCUCCUAAACUCACCACCAUCUCCACUCACAAAUGGCAACCAACUCACUCCAAUCCCUCAGCAACCACCACCACCUCCUCAAGCACUACCACCACCACUCCAUUGAGUCACACCCAUCGACAUUCUCUUCACUCUUCCUCAAACCCGCCACCAAUACAAACACAACCAACCUGUCUCACACACUCACAACCCCACCAACAGCCACAACAACAACCCCUUUUGCUCUUUCUUCCACCACCUCCUCCACAACACCCUCAACCUCCCAAGCCAUUUCCUAUGAUGUGCUCCAACAACACCUCUCCUCCAAGAACUAUAGGCAAGCAGAUGAGGAAACCAGGAGGCUGCUGAUAGUGUUGGCAGGCGAGGCAGCAGUGAAGAGAGGGUAUGUGUUCUUCUCUGAGGUGCAGUUCAUACCAGAGGCUGAUCUCAAGGCCAUUGAUGAGCUGUGGAGGCAGCACAGUAACAACAAGUUUGGGUACAGUGUGCAGAGGAGAAUAUGGGAGAAGGUGAACAAGGACUUCAGCAGGUUUUUCCUCAAGGUUGGGUGGAUGAAGAAGCUUGAUACAGAAGUUGAGCAGUACAACUACAGGGCCUUUCCCACUGAGUUCAUGUGGGAGCUCACUGAUGACACCCCUGAGGGUCACUUGCCAUUGACAAAUGCACUUAGGGGGACACAACUACUCAACUGCCUUCUCGGCCACCCAGCCUUUCAGGGAAAUGAGGAGGAAGAAGAGGAAGUUGCAGAAGAGAAAGGUAGUGUUAAUGGUGGGUUGGGGGUUUUAAGAGAUGGGUCAAAGCCAUUGAGCAAGAGUGUCUUCAAGCCAGACUACAGCUUUUAAAUAUUGGCAUAUAAAGCAUACACAGAGCUGGAUUGGAAUGUUUGCUUCCUUAUCAAUUACAUGUAUUGAAAACUUGAAGGUGGUUAAUUGAUUGGAAUGGUUUUUCAUUUUUCCCUUACAAA